UUGAUUUGAAAGAGUAGAGAGAGAGAGAGAGAGAGAACCCAAAAAACAAAAAAGGAAUCGUGUGACCCUAUCGCUUCUUCCUGGUUCGCUUUCUUUCUGUCUAAAUUCUAUUAUCUUCUUCUUAGGGUUUUCAUUUCAUCUAUAAUUGCGAUCCAAUCAUGCUGAUUUCUUCGAUCAAUUGAGUGUUUCGCUGUUUUUCUAUUGUACUUCUUCUUCUGCUUCUCGCUCCUGCAUUUUGGAAUUCGCUCUGUGUUUUCUGAUUAGGUCUGGUGGCAUCUCUGACCAGUGAAAUUUUAGGGAUUUCCUUUUUCGGAAUGGACGACGGCGAGCUUGAUUUCUCGAACCAUGAAGUGUUCUCGAGUCCAAACAUGGGGGAACUACCUAGCAGUGGUUCGAUGGAUAGUUUCUUCGACGAGCUUCUGAAGGACACACAUGCAUGCACUCACACCCACACUUGUAACCCUCCUGGCCCUGAUUUUUCACAUACACACACCUGUUAUCAUGUCCAUACCAAGAUUGUGCCUGCAUCUGGUGAUGAAGAUCAGGCUGCCACUGAUGAUCAUGAUUCCGCUGAGUCUGCAGAAAAGAAGUCAAAAAAGCGUCCCACAGGGAACAAAGAAGCUGUUCGCAAAUACAGGGAGAAGAAGAAAGCCCGGGCUGCGUCUCUUGAGGAUGAGGUUGUUAAAUUGAGGGCUUUGAAUCAGCACUUGAUGAAGAAGUUGCAAGGUCAGGCUGCUUUAGAGGCUGAGAUUGCAAGGCUUAAGUGCUUGCUAGUUGACAUUAGGGGAAGGAUUGAAGGAGAAAUUGGAUCGUUCCCAUAUCAGAAAUCACCUAAUUCGAACCCACCAAUCCCAAACUUGCCUGGUUCUUAUGUGAUGAACCCUUGCAGCAUGCAGUGUGAUGAUCGUGUAUAUUGUCUUCAUCCGGGAGCAGAUGGGAAGAUUACAGAAGGUGCACCAAUAAAUGGGGAUGGAAUUGGUGGUUGUGAGUUUGAGAGUCUCCAGUGCCUGGCAAGCCAGAAUUUGGGGCUCAAGGAUCUUCGUGCUUGCGGAGUUGGACAUGCAGUGUCUAAUGUCAAUUCUUCUGCAUUAAAUAAAAGAAAAGGGGGAUAUCGUGGAGCAACAGCUGGUUGAAGAACUAAUAAACGGUGGUUUGCAUUGUUGCCAUGAUGGCUGUUCUACUAUGGAAGAUUAGUCCUAGAAUCAAGCAGAAACAGUAGUUGAUCUGUAGCCAGCAUAGCUUAUGGCUGAGACAGAUUUGUUGCUUUUCUAUGCAAUCAAGUUUCCGGGUCUUUUGAUUAUGCAUGAACUACUUAAACUGGCAUCAUAAAUGGUUCUCUGCUGAUUCAAUUUUAAAAUUACUAAGUAUUUGAGUAGUUAUUUGCAUUGUUUAAGUGGUGAUUCAUGUUUCCUAAGUUCGUAAAUGUUUUAUUGCUGGAUUUCAGAACUUUGGGGAAGAUGGGGUGGGUUUCAUCUUUCAGUACUUUGUGCUGUGGACAGGUGAGACCGCAAUGUUAUUUCGUGUAAUAUAAACUCUUGCGUGAGUGAAACAAUAAAAUUGGCUGGUACGGUUGCUGGCGUUUGUUCUUUUUUCAUCUUUAUUUAUCUGAAUAUUAUGAGAGGUUUACUUCUGUCUUUAGCAUUUUGCUGGACAAGGAUCGACUAGUUUAUAUCCGGAAGGAACUGUCGUCCUCUAACUGAAGAUUUUGCAUAUGGGCUAUUGUCUUCUACAAGUUAAGACAGACAAGUGACUUAUUUUGUAUUUGAGAUCGUAAGUGGCUUUUUCGAUUGCCAAUGGAACCUUGCUACCUUUAGAGUGAGAUAUGAAGAUGGGAAGCAUAUCUGCCUGUAUUCUCUUAGAGAACAAGUCUUGAAUAUAUUUCGGUAAUUAAAAAGCCUCUUAGUGAUCCUAUUUUGGGCUUGGAAUAAUUAAUAUAAACUUUACAUAUUGUAUCUUUUACUCUCUCUGCCGUUAUCCUUGGACAAAAUUUGUUUAUCACUCAUUGAAGGUAUAUUACAGCAC